AUGGAGAAGGCUACCUUCAACUCGCUCCCCACGGAGCUUCACAUACAGAUCCUCUCCUUCCUUGACGUCGACCCUCCGUCUUACGCCAAGUUCACCAACAGGCCAACUCCCCACAUCCUGGAUUCAGACCGACCACUGAAGAACGCCUCUGAAGUCAACAAGAAAUGGCGCAGCGUCGCCAUCCCAUUCCUCUUCCGCCACACCAUCUGGAAAAUCCAGCCUAAAGAUCUCAACUCCUUGCGUCAGUGCAGAAAUCCUAGCGAGAUUGAUAUCUUGCGAUUCCUCGCAGACCAUGACAUCUGCGACCAUGUUGAUAGUAUUGUUUUGUUCGUCGAGCCUCCCGAUGAUGAGGAUGACGAGGUGGACCUUAUGUCUACCGAGCCCGCUUACUUUCAAAACUGCGAGGCCCUCUGGGAAACCUUAUUCUCAACUAUAGACCCUCUCCGGUUUUCCAUAAUCGCGCGUCCGGCGCGUCUUGGCCCUUUGCUGUCGAUACCCGUCGACUUUAGCAACUACUGGUGCUACGGUAGCUAUGAACACAUCCUCUCGCUAUCCCGCACCACUCGCUUCAUCACCCCCCAGCCUCAUCGGCCAGCGGGCGACUCCCCGAUUAGCAUCCACAGUAAACUCUUCACCAUCCGGCCCUGGACAGCCGCUCUCCUAAACGAGGGCUGCAACAUGGGCCCCUACAGAACCUACGAACACCACCGAAAGACGCCCCCUUCGAUCCUGCCCGCCCUCGUCGGCAGCACCCAGUCCCUCCACACGGGAGACGGAGGCCUCUUCGGACAACCUGCUCUCUUGCCUCCGUCCGUCCAGGACUUUAGCUACAUUGCCGAAUUCCCGGUUUACAACCACUUUACCAAAGUCGUCCGCAACCUCCCCCGCCUUCAUCGCCUGUACAUCCAGCUGGUGCCCAAACCUCACAUUCUCAAGGACGAAUUUGAGAUGCGCCACAUCGAUACCCGUGAUCUUUGGAUGGAGAGGAAUGCGUGCUAUGCGACGCUCAUGACGCAUAUAUUUUCUUGGUCUCCCGGGUCCAAUUGGAAGCAUCUUCACAUAUUCGAGAGCGGUGACACUGCUGAUAGGCAAGCCUGGGAUAUGGCAUCCCACUUUGUCCUGACCUCGCAGACGAAGAAGUGGACCAUCGAGCGCGAAGGCGUCUUCGUCUGGAAAAAAGAGACCGACAGCAAGAAGGCCAGCAAUGAGGGCAACCUCGAGCGGUUGGCUUUCCGAGGCCUGGAGGUGCUGCCCUUUCCCACCAUUGCACCCUUUCCUACUGCGUCGAAUUAUAUCUAA